AUGUUCACCCAUGUAAGCCUCGAGCUUUGCGGAUUUGUUGGCUUUUGGCAUGCCAAAAGAGACGGCGCGCACCCACGAACCGUUGGGGUCGCCGCUGACCCAGCUGCAGUGUUUGGUGCUGCGUCAGCUGCAACAGCCCGUGUUGAUUUCAUCAACAAGCAGAUGGACUAUUACAAAGCUGAGAUUGCCAAUAUUCUGCUGUUGAGCGGGGAUGUGCAACAGCAUGCUCAGAAACUGUUUGAAAGUCUGGGGAAGGCACAGGAGAGCGUUGGCAAAUCUACUGCCACGGCGCUGGCACUCAGGAAUGGGAUGCCGAUGUCCUCAGUCGGAGUGCUUCUACAGGGAGAUUUCCAGAAGAACCUCAAAGACUCUUUCCGGGUAGCAGAUGCUGCAGAUGCUGUGCAAGUUUCUUCGGUGCUGUUUGAUUUGCUACAAGCUCGUGGCAUCCGUUUGCAGAUCCUCUUUGACAACACCUUUGAUCGCGGGUUGCAUGGACAACAAGAAUUGCUGCUGGGUCUAACCAGGUAUGCCUUUGAAUGUGGUCUCCACCUGCUCGUCGUCACUCAAUCUGAAAAAGCUGUCCAGGAGGCAGCCAAUCUCAAUGGAGCACGCUCCCGAGCUUGGGCACAAAACGAUGCACGCAGCUACAGAUGGGAACGCAUGGAGGCUCGGAAGCACGUGCAGAACAACCCAUUGCGUUCCAACGAGCAGAUCAUCGACGCGGUUCUGAACAUGACCCAAGUUCCGGAUCAAAUCGGCAGGCGGCGACCUGUGGACGUAGAUGAGUACUUGUGCACGGGUCGAAGACCGCAAGCACCACAAGCAGGACAAGGCUCACAGUUCAAGUUUCGCAUGGCUCACAUGGUUGCCAAAUGCGCGACAUCAGAGCCCGUCGUCUGGUUGCGGGGGCUGGCCCGGAAGGACAAACAGCUCACGGAUGGUGAGGAGUUUGAGCCCACGGGCAAUGCGUUCCAAGUGAAAGGAGCCUUCGCCAACGUGGCCCUGUGCUUGGAACUGGCGCGUGGAUUUAUGUCGGGAGUUGUUUGCAGAAGGGCGAUGACAAAGAUUGUAGUUUUGAGGGUAGCCGUGAAAUCAGGCAAUCAAAGCGGAAGAGGAACUGUCCAGAAUCCUUUGUUUAUCGCUGCAGGCAAUCGACCCUUCCUUGCCUCCACUUCAAGCGUCCAAGAUCAACAUUUACACCCAGCAGGACAGUAA